GUGAAACUUAGUGCUAUUGCAUGUGAGUAUGGCUGAAAUCCUUCGACCACAGGAACAAUUCUAAAACAAAAAGAAGUCAUCAAAGCAGGUAAACCUUCAAUGGGCACCACCAUCAUGUCCAAAAGGAGGACCCCCAUACACGACGAGAUGGAAAGGCUUCUCCUUGUUUGGAUUAAAGACAAGGAAAAGACUGGCAAUACCCUCACAGAGACUAUCAUUUGCGAGAAGGCGUCCUCAAUUUAUAAUGAUUUAGUAAGUAAGGCAGCUUCCAAUGAGCAGCCAACGGCAUCAACGUCCUCGCAGGAGGCACCCCUAACCUCCCCAGAGUUCAGGGCAUCACAUGGGUGGUUUUAUCGGUUCAAGAAGAGGACUGGCAACCACUCUGUUGUGCGUCACGGCGAGGCAGCAAGUUCCAAUCACAAGGCUGCAGAAGAAUUUGUUAAAAAAUUUGAGGAACUUAUAAAUCAAGAAGGCUACAUCCCCCAGCAGGUAUUCAACUGUGACGAGACUGGCCUCUUCUGGAAAAAAAUGCCACGGCGUACAUACAUCACCAUGGAGGAAAUAAAGAUGCCAGGCCACAAGACCAUGAAGGACCGUCUUACCCUCGCCCUGUGUGCUAAUGCCAGUGGGGACUGUAAGGUCAAGCCACUCCUAGUGUACCACUCAGAAAAUCCGCGUGCCUUCAAGAAACACAAAAUUUUAAAGGACAGGCUCGAGGUUAUGUGGAGGUCCAACCCCAAGGCCUGGGUGCCCCGACAGUUCUUUGUCGAAUGGGUCAACUUGGUCUUUGGCCCUGCUGUCAAGAAGUUCCUCGAGGAGAACGAUCUCGCCAUGAAGUGCCUGCUGAUCAUCGAUAACGCCCCCGCCCACCCCUCUGGUGACGAGGACGUCAUCCUGGAGGAGUUCUCGUUCAUCAAGGUUCUCUUCCUCCCUCCCAACACGACCCCUCUCCUCCAGCCCAUGGUAGGGCUGAACGAUUAUGGAAAAUAAUCUAAUUGCGAUUUUUUGCCCCAAUAUUGCGAUUGCGAUGCGAUAUGCGAUUAUUUUUUAAGGUCUUUGUCUUCUGUAUUAUUAAACAAAGACAAGCAAUACAUCAUAUAGUAUGGCCAAUACUAUAUUACAUUAAUUUUAAACUGUUCUUUCCUGGAAGACAGACCUCUGUUAUGAUGACAUGAGGUGAUGCAUGAAUUGAUGACUGACAUUUUUAUUUAACUUCUUCAAUCACAACAGUAUAUUUGAACAUACACAAUAGUUUAUUUUUAGCUUACAAACAUCUGAGCAUAAAGUGCUGACAAGGAACCCUGGUGUAAACAUUAAAAUGAAAGUCAGUACAAUGUGCAGAUUGCAGAAAUAUACAUAAAAAAAAUCAGUGGCUUUACCACACUCAGUUUUUCGACAUCUGUGAACUACUAGACAGUCAUUAAAUUAAAAAAUAAUAUUAAAUAAAUAAAACUAAUAAAUAAAAAAUACACACAUCUUACUGAUCUCUGCAGUCAGUAACAUUACACAUAAAGUACAAAC